AUGAAUAUCAUUUUUAUUCUCGUCCUUGCUGGGACAUGCGCGGCUGCGCCACAAUUCUUUGCUCAACCAGGAACGAUCUAUGCACAUCCAGCCGUACUGUUAAACUCGGCAAUGGAAAAUACUUUACCAUAUCACCUAAAAAACGAUUUUUAUAAAAAUCCACGAAUCGCUUCUGGACUUGCAAAAGAAUCGUGGUUCACUGAUAAAGAAAUGCAGGUAAUCGAUCGCGACACGGACAAAAUACCGCGGGAAAAAAUAUUCGACGUUUUGCAUAACGCUGGUCUUGCUCGUAAAUAAUAAUCUCAGAUAUAUCUUAUUGAAAUCUUUCUAAUGCCAUAAUGCGAUGAAUAUAACAAGUUCAUAUUGUAAAAAAACUCGUUGCAUGAACGAAUUAACAUGUGGUAUCUAUCAAUUCUAAUAUGUAUAAGAUUAAUUUAUUUAGAUAUUUUUUUUUUAUGAAUUUGUUUGUAGUAUCUCUCACGUCUGUAGUUGAUUAGUAAAUUAUAUACAACGUCGUAAUUAUGUUUUUAUGUAAAAAUUAGAAUUUAUUAAACGA